AUGGCUAUCCCAUUUGAUCAACAGUUUUUUGUUGAAAAAGAGAGAAAUAAUAAAUAUGAAUGGCUAGUAACAAUAUUAUCCCUUUUGAUCUUAGUAAUUCAUGGAAUACUAUUCCACUGGAUUCCCAAAUAUCUCAGAUCUAAAAGAGAUGCAGCUACCCUACCUAAUAUCAGGUAUUUCAAAUUCAUCAAAAAAUGGGAUCAACUAACUUCAUGUUGUAAAAUCACCAUUUGGAAACGUGAUUUCUUUUAUCAACCAAGUCUUGUACUUUUUUGCGUCGCCUUUGUUGGUACCUGUGUUGGAUUAUGCUUUGCUGAAAUUCGUGAUUUAGAUUAUCAACCAUUUAUUUACGCUAUGUCUAAAAGAAUAGGUCGAGUAGCUGUGGGCAAUUUGCCUUUGUUGUUAUGGUCUGUGGCAAGAAACGAUUGGCUCACAAGAAUAUCGGGACUUCAGUACGAUCGUUUGGAAUUCUUGCAUAAAUGGCAAAGUAGAUUGAUGUGGAUAAUGAUUUCAAUUCACUUAGGACUUGGGUGUUAUUAUUGGCUUUCAUUGAAUUUUUUAAUCAUGAUCAUUAUUCCACCACAAAUCUUUGGCUUCAUGGCUUACGGCUCGCUAUUUAUCUUGACCUGGUCGAGUACAAAAAUUAUUCGAAAAUGGGCUUAUGAUUUCUGGAUAGUUCAGCAUCGUGUAUUUGCAUUCAUUAUGUUAUUUAUGGCUUUCAUCCACAAUCCAGGAAAUAGAGCUAUUGUGUUGGUUGCGGUUCAUGCUUUAGUAAUAGAUCGUGUUGUUUCAAAACUCCUUGUAUACAUCAACAAAAAGUACUCGCCAACAAAGUGCCGAAGUCAAUUUGAAAUUUUAGAUGAAGACACUGUACUAAUGACUAUCCCUGUAAAAGCUCAAGAUUAUCAGCCUGUCCACUGGUAUAACAAGUUUUUUAGCUAUAAAAACUGGAAACCAGGUCAACAUAUCUAUAUCAAUGUACCAAAGAUCAAAUGGUUUCAAUACCACCCAUUCACAAUUGCUUCCUUGGCCAAUUCAAAUGAAAUGAAAUUGGUAAUUAGAAUGCAAAAGGGCUUUACUAAAAGUCUCAUGAAAUAUCUACAAGAAAUAGACCACGACGAACACGAUGACGAAAUAGUAACAAUUAACUCAAUGUACGCUGGACCCUACGGAGCGGUACACCAGCCCUUCAUAACUUUUGACUCGAUAGUUUUCUUUGGUGCAGGAUCAGGUGCAGCAUUCACAUUCCCGGUUUGCUUAGAUUUGUUACAAGAAAUCGACCAAAAGGACUCGGAAGAAGACUACUUGUUCCGACCACAACACCCCAAAGUCAGAUUCGUCUGGGUAAUCAAAUACAGACGCAAUAUGAUUUGGUUCAAGUGGAUGUUGGAUCAAUUGAUUCCUUACUCUUUACAAGGAAAAUUAAUUAUUGAUAUUUAUAUAACGCGCGAACAUCAGAACAAACAUCAUCAUCAUCAUCAUCAUUAUUCUGAGAUAUCAGCAUUCGCAUCCCCCUCCUCCUCCUCCUCCUCAUCCUCAUCAUCAUCAUCAUCAUUGAGUAAAGGAGAUGCUAUACCGAACAGAGACUCGUCGGAUCUGAAACGAAACUUGCUCAAGACUCCUGGAUCUCGAGUAGUUAUAAACACAACAACUAGAUUUUCCUCCUCUUCAUCAUCAUCGGAACCGAAUCAACAAACAAAAAAAAUUAAAACCUCCUCUGUACAAGUAUCAACGGUGACUCAAGAUCUCACACCACAAACUAAAGAAGAUGGCGAGUUUAACAAUGAUAAGUAUAAUAUAUUUUAUGGACGUCCUGAAAUCGGAACCAUUAUACAAAACGAAGCAAGGAAACUAAUAAGCGAUGAAUCAAAAACUUGUUACAAGGCACUAGCAGUGGCAUCUUGUGGUCCUCCAGAAUUCACCAAUAAUGUUAAACACCUGUGUCAAGGUGCAAGAAGAUUGAAGAAUUCUCCCGAUGUUUACUGCUAUACUGAAGCGUUUUGA